CCUUUGAACCAACACAUUACUUUUUUAAACUAUCUAUCUUUCUUACACCCCCUGCGCGGUUAAUCCCGUCCUGGAAGACAGCGGGUUUCAAAGCGCAGCUGCGGAUCGCCACCAACUCCAAGAAUAUAGAACCUCCAGAAACACCUGGAUCCAGGUUCUGUGUAACAUUUUCUGAGUUUGGGGGAAACAACACACAGAAGGCAGAGCACAGACCCUACUGAUGGACGCUGUUCUAAAUUUUGCUGGGGACAAUGAUAUGUCCUAUGAGGAUGCUGAUUCACCACCAGCAUCACCAUUCAGCAUGACUCUUCCUGAACAUUCAGGGAGUUAUGACUUGGAGCAGAAGCGACAGGAGCUGCAGGAGGGGCAACCCCCUGAGAGUUACAUCAUCAGUGCACACCCAGAUGCUGCCUGGAACACUAACACCAACGCCACCACCAGAGGUGAUGCUCAGUCAUAUGUGGAGUUGAACGAGCUGUUGGGGGGAAAUUGGCAAGAGACCGGUCGCUGGGUGGGGUAUGAAGAAACAUUCAACCAAACUACUGGAAAAUGGGGGUCAUCACACAUUUCCUGCCUUACUUUCAGAAGCCUUAUUCAGCUCCGCAAAAUCAUGAGCACAGCGGCUGUGCUGUUAGAUGUGGAAACAAAUGACUUUACACUCAUUGCCGAGAAGAUCGUAGAUGAACUUCUGGAAAAGAAUGAGAUUCGGGCCUCAGAUCGGGAGACCUUGCUGAAAGCACUGUUGGAGAAGCGCAGUCAGACUGAAGGCCCUUACGUUACCUCAGCAGGCAUCGAGAUGCAGACCUUCUCUGUCACCAAACAGAGAGACACCUCCGAUAAUGUAGAGGCAUCUAUUGUGUUAUCAGGUGCUGUGGAGUCUUUACAGAAGCCUGUCGUGGCAUUUGUCCGACUCCAAGAUUCCGUGAUGAUGGACGGGAUUAUGGAGGCUUCUGUGCCUGUGCGUUUUGUAUUUGUCCUGGUAGGACCUACCGAAAGUGCCGUAGAUUUCCACGAGAGCGGACGAGCCAUGGGUACACUCCUGGCCGACUGGGUCUUCAGCUUGGAGGCCUAUCUUGCUGAAAGUGAAAAAGAGCUGACCAAUGCCAUUGCUGACUUCAUGGACUGCAGUGUUGUGAUCCCGCCCACUGAGAUCCAGAGCGAGACCAUGCUCCAGCCAAUUAUCCGUUUCCAAAAGAAGAUGUUGCAUGACAGACUCCGGCCCUCUGACACCCGAAUCCAACUUGGACCAAAACAAAAAGAGGCUGAGCAUCCACAGGACGAUCCAUUGGCUCGAACUGGAUAUCCCUUUGGUGGAAUGGUCAAGGACAUCAAACGUCGUUACCCCUAUUACCUGAGUGACUUUAUUGAUGCUCUAAAUCCUCAGGUGUUUUCUGCCAUCAUCUUUAUUUACUUUGCUGCCCUUUCUCCUGCUAUCACUUUUGGGGGACUUUUGGCGGACAAGACAGAUAGAUGGAUGGGGGUGUCAGAGCUGUUGAUUUCCACCAGUAUACAGGGAAUAAUUUUCUGCCUAUUGGCUGCCCAGCCUGUGCUGGUCAUCGGAUUCAGUGGGCCACUCCUGGUGUUUGAAGAAGCAUUCUAUCAAUUCUGUCAAUCGCAGGGCUACGAGUACAUUGUGGGACGUGUAUGGGUGGGAAUGUGGCUGAUCCUCAUUGUGUUGAUUGUGGUAGCGGCAGAGGCUAGUUUUCUCGUUCGCUUCAUCUCUCGUUUUACCCAAGAGAUCUUCUCCAUCCUCAUCUCGCUCAUUUUCAUUUAUGAAACUUUUUACAAGCUUUUCAAGAUUUUUGAAGCUCACCCUCUAAAACUGAAAUACGAAGAACAGAAUAAAUCAUUAUGGGACACCAUAGGUGUGGUUGGCAAAACUGCAGGUGUCAACAGUACAGAAGACAUUAAGAACAUAUACCCUAACACUGCCCUUCUCUCCAUGUGCCUGAUGCUGGGCUGCUUCUUCAUAGCUUACUUUCUCCGUCAAUUCAAGAAUAGCAUCUUCCUCCCUGGCCCUGUUCGUCGCAUGAUUGGAGACUUUGGUGUGCCCAUCGCCCUCUUUAUCAUGGUUGGGAUUGACUACAGUAUUAAAGAUGUUUACACACAGAAACUGAAGGUCCCGAAGGGUCUGAGUGUGACCAACCCUACCGCCCGAUCUUGGUUAAUCAACCCCACUGGAGAAAGCUCACCAUUCCCCAUUUGGCUAAUGUUUGGCAGUGCUGUUCCAGCUUUACUGGUUUUUAUUCUCAUCUUCCUCGAGUCCCAGAUCACCACAUUGAUUGUAAGCAAACCAGAGAGAAAGAUGGUGAAGGGCUCUGGCUUCCAUUUGGAUUUGCUCCUGAUAGUGGCGAUGGGUGGAAUUGCCUCUGUUUUUGGUGCCCCCUGGCUUAGUGCUGCAACGGUGCGAUCUGUCUCCCAUGCCAAUGCCCUCACUGUCAUGUCCAAAGGCCCUAAACCUGAAAUCAGUAAAGUGCUGGAGCAGAGGUUUAGUGGGAUUGUAGUAGCCGCUUUAGUUGGUGUAUCUAUCUUCAUGGAGCCCAUCCUGAAGUUGAUUCCCAUGUCAGCUCUGUUUGGCAUCUUUCUCUACAUGGGUAUUACCUCUCUAAGUGGUCUUCAGCUCUGGGAUCGUGUACAGCUAUUGGUUGUGCCUAAAAAGUAUCACCCAUCACAUCCCUACGCCACCAGAGUAAAAACCUGGCGAAUGAACCUCUUCACCAUUAUCCAGCUGGUGUGUUUGGGCGCCUUGUGGGCAGUGAAAUCCACUAAAGCUUCACUGGCCCUGCCGUUCGUUCUCAUUCUUACCGUCCCUCUGCGCAUUCUCUUGUCCAGAUGCCUCUACAGUACCACAGAGAUGAAAUGUUUGGAUUCGGAUGAUGUCAAGGUGACAUUUGAGGAGGAGCAGGGGGUGGAUGUGUAUGACGAGUGCCCCUUCUCGUAAAUGACUUCUUGCUGAACCAACCUAUAGUGUUGAACCACAGAAACAGGAAUUACAGUGUCAAAUCCAACAUCUAGACAAGCUUUAGAAAAUUGUUUUUAUUACAAAUUGUUAUAUUUUGUCACCAUAUAAUAAUUUCUCACUUUUGAACAGAUUAUGCAUUCAAUUUUUUUGUCCUCAAAGACUGUUUUGCUUUAAUUUUUGUGAUUGUUAGAAUUAAUAUUAAUUUUAUUUUAUGAAUGCCAUUUGCUAAUAGCCUUUAAUUACUUCUUUUUUUAAGCUCUAUGCAAAUGCUUUGUUCUAUGCAGCCAGUGUUUAAGAUUAAAUACAGUAUUAUGCCUUUAAUGUGUUUCUACAUUGACAGUAGAUACAGUAUCUCACUUUCUCUCUCUCCCUCACUCUCUUAUAUAUAUAUUAUUAUUUGUUUCAAUUAUCAUAUCUGUACAUUUCUAAGGAGAUGCUGAAUGAUUGUUUUUGCAGUUAAUGAGAUCAUGAAUAUUUUACAUUAUUUUGAGUGGGUUUGACUAGUUAUGAAUGUACAUUUCUGUCUUAUCUUUAUACCUUUUUUUAAAUAUAUUUAAUCCUGGGUUGCAAUUAAUGUAACUAUUCCAAUUCAAUUAAUAAAACAAUCGUAUUAACAA